UUUUUAACUAUUUCCACAACUACAAUUAAAUACAUUUAUUGAGGAUGACUGUAAAGGUACAUUUUACCGACAUUUGAAGUCAAGGCGUUGUUUUACUGACAGUUCCACCCUGUAGUAUUUCCACAAAAUGUAAGUAUUAUAAUGACUAUGAGAAAACUGUUACAAUUUACAAACAUGCAUAACAGUUUGAACUUUGAAGAACGACACAAUCCUACGCUAUGAUGUAACAUUUUGCGAGAUAGAAAAGUUUCCAACACUCACUUUGUUAGGUGAAAUAAAAUCAAAAUCCAAAUCAAAAGACGAGACAAUCCUGCUGAAAGUAAAGGUCUUACGGAUGUUGUCUGAUGAGUUGAUCGAGUCUGAACGGUGGAUAUUCUCUGCUCUUCAUCUGUUGAAGGAAACUGUGAGGAGUUCCGCUGCUAAUUCCCUGAAAGCAUACUGAAGAACGCAAAGUCACGGUUAGAAGAAUUACAGUACGCUACCAUGGUGGAGGAAGAGAAGUUUGAUAAGUUAGAGUUGGUUUUAGGCCAGAUAAGAGAUAUUCAUUUUGAUGAUGAGGAGCAUAAUAUCUUUUACGAUAUUAUUCAAGAUGUUCUGACCGAUGUUGAAUCAGCUGCAGAUCUUUUGGAAGAGAAUCUUCGCGAACGAAUAGUUCCAAUCAGAGCACAAGAUAUCGAAACUGUCAGAAAGUUGGAAUCAAAAAGCGACGAUGAUUUGAGUGUUAAUCUGGAGGAUGUCCACGGUAACAGAUACGUUAUCUCGCUUCCAGCUGAUAAGACGCAGCCUUUACAUGAUAACGCUCUGUUGUUCUCUAUCCUUAUCAUGCUUGUUUUGGCAGGUAUUCUCAGUGGUCUGUGUCACGUGUGUCACGUGCCUACCAUAUUUGGUCAAAUACUCGCCGGUGUCAUACUCGGUCCUUCCUGUCUAAAUCUUAUCUUGGACCCCGUACAGACAGAGACAGUGGGAGAGUUAGGAGUGUUUCUUAUCCUGUUCUCUUGUGGUCUGGAGUUCUCACCAGCUUCUUUCGUUAAGGUGUGGCGAGUAAUCAGUGGGUUUUUGGGGGUGGGUCCCCCUCUCAAUUAUCACAACUGAUAACAGUAGUGUUCACAGCGUGCGGCAGUGUGUUUCAUAUCUCAGUUUACCAGAGUAUAUUCGUGGCGCUCUGUCUGUCCUUCAGUAGUACCGCCCUUGUUAUCAAGUUCCUGAAUGAUGAUACAGGAGAGGAUGUUAUGGACCUCAGAAACUCCAUGAUGGGAAUGCUGGUACUACAGGACGUAGAGGUGUCCCUGAUAAUGGGGUGUUUACCACUUCUAGCUGAGCGCGCGCCUCACCACAACGUGCUACAUUCCCACCUCCUGCUCCUGUCAAAAAGCUUCUCUCACUACCCGAACAGGAAACUGGCGAGGAUCAGGGGACUGUAACUUUCGUUUUAUUGUUCGGUGUUCUGUCCAUACUGAUUGUUGGGGUGGUGGGCCGACGGUUUCUUGGCCCAAUGGUCAAGUUGUUUUACCGACCUUCCACCUCUGAGGUUAACACCCUCCUGCCUCUGUCCCUAUGUUUUGGGUUGACCCUGCUGCUGGCACAUUAUGGUAUCAGUAUGGAUGAGGUAUGUAUCUGGCGGGAGUUAUCAUCAAGUCAAUGAACAGAGGAGAACAAACACAACACCUUAUAGAACCAGGUGAA